CUUUGAUGGGGUUGGAUGUUAGUCCAAUGUUCAUUCAUGGACCAGAGAUAAUACAUUAUUUUUUGUGUUCGAUAAGACUGAUUUGUUCACAUGUCGAUAACUAUUGAUAAGGAACUGUCUACAAUUCGCAUGUAAAAAUGAAAGAAACGCUCCCUGCAUUUGUAGAACACCCUUUGGUUCACUUCCGACAGCGUUACGAAUGGGAUUGUGGCCUGUCGUGUAUUUUGAUGCUUUUAGGCCACAAUGAGAAACGCAAUUUCCUGGAUAAUUUUAAACACAUCUGUCAUACGGGUGGAUUUGGAGAAAGUACAUGGACCAUCGACCUGUGCUACGUCCUCAAGGAUUUUGGCGUAAAGCACAAGUACAUCACGACUACAUUCGGAGCAAAUCCAUCACACCUUGGGAAGGAGUACUACAAAUGCUUUAACACGGACGAGAUGCGAGUUAAUGAGAAAUUUGCCAACGCAUCUUCCCGUGGCAUUCCUAUUGAAACUAAAUCAAUGUCGCACCAGUUCCUGCAGGAGCAUUUAGCAAACCAUGGCAAUAUUAUUCUGCUAACCAACGCCUCUCUAUUGUAUUGUGAUCUUUGUAAAACCAAUAAGCUUUCCAAGGAAUUAAGAUCAUGUCUAGGAUUGAAAGCAGCUUACAUGGGGCAUUACAUCAUCCUGUGUGGCUACGACCAGAGAAUACGGAAAUUUAUAUACCGAAAUCCUGCAUUUAAAGACAGAGUAUGUUUCAUGUCCUACGAAGCAAUGGACAAAGCACGGAAAGCUAAUGGAACCGAUGAGGAUAUCAUUCUACUCUAUGACAAACAAUUGUGAUAACAAGAAAUGUUUUAUUAUUAUUUUUUGCAUUUUACCAAGGAUUUCGGAUGCCCUCUACACGAUGAGUGUCCACGAGACACCAGAACAACAAAUUCUCCAUUCAUCACAAUGUAUUUAUUCGUUAUUUAAUUGCUACAGUCUUAUGAUAACCCUACGAGUAAAUUCCUAUUGAUUUAUUUUGUACAUUAUAGCUGUAAUUUAUAACUAAAAUAAACCUUGU